AAACGCUUACGAAUUGUCAGGCAGCUUGGUCAGCGAGCAAGCAGGACGACAUAUAAAAAGGACAAUUGCAAGAGGACAUCCAGGCCAAACAAACAUAACAUAUUACCACCAGAGUUCAGCAUACCCUUCACCAUUUGUCUUACAUCUCAUCUACGCUUACACAUCUCAACAUGACAACUCCUUCACCAGAGUCCAAGUCCGAGAUGAUGUUCCUUGGACAGGAAUGUAAUCAUCCAGCUUGCUAUCUACAUGACUUUCUUCCUUUCAACUGUCCGGCAUGCCAUCUGGCCUUUUGCCAGCCUCACUUUCUUCCAUCCCAACAUUCAUGUAAAGCGCCUCUUCCAGCAUCCAUGGUAGACAGAAUAGCGCCAACAUGUCCUAUGUGUAACGAAAUUGUCCCGUACCCAAAAAGCAUGGACCCGAAUGAAGCUGUAGAACGGCACAUCUUAUCUGGUACUUGCGUAGGACUGCAAGGCGGCGAAGAGCGGAAGAAGGCAGAGGCCAAGAGAAGAAGAGAUGCUGGAGAAGUCUGUUGGAAAAAAUCUUGUGGAAAAGUGCUUGUUGUCAAGAUGAAGUGUGAAUCUUGUCAACAUGUUUAUUGCCCAACACAUCGACGUCCAACGACACACACAUGCUCUAAUCAAACUCCAUCCCCUUCCUCCUCCUCCUCUCGGCUUGGAACUCCUCAAACACAGGCUACAUCUCGACCAGCAGGCAAAGCUGCGUUAUCCCGCCUCCUCCCCCCAUCCAUGCAGCCUCCUGCCAGCACAGGAGCGUCAAGACCGGUACCGCCUGUCAAAGCGAAUUCAUCAAACCCUAAUUCGAGCGCAUCUAAACCGCUUGCUGCGUCUUCUGAGGGAAACUUGGGGUCCAACCUGGAUGCAAAAGCUGCUGCGGCCGCAGCUGCGCUCAAGAGGGCUGGGCAGGAUGUUAAAGUUCCGUUUGUAAAGUCCAGCGCAGAAAAACGAACGCAGGCAGAAACAAACUCCCAAAUACAGGCUCUCAAAGCCCGGCAUGAGAAGGGCCUCCUCACCAAAACCGAACAGGUGAAAUAUGCGGAACUGGUCGGUCAGCAAGAGGCCACUCGGCGGACAGGAGGCAAAAGCAAAAAUAAGGACAAGGACUGUGUCAUUGCAUAGAAUAAAUUGCGAAGAAGGACGGCAUUGUCCUUAUAGCAUUAUUGUAUCAGUGUAUUGUAUGUACAAAGGUUAUAUAUUUCCCCAACAAACGUUUUUAGACGUUCUUUUCCCCUUCUAUCGGCCACUCAACUGGCUUCACACUUUGUUCCUUCUUUUUCUUGGAUUUGAACUUUUCGGUAAUCGCAUUGGCACUUGUAUCACUCAUUUUCUCCUUUUUCAGAACCUUCCAACCCCCACUCCAUCCUAUCCACCCAGUUUCAUGCGGUCCACGUAGGAGGAGUGCAAGCAUGCCCACACCUAGGAAGGCAACAGCCGUUCCUGCAGUGGGAUACCAGCCAUGAGAAUUGUAGAUCUUGGUCAUGAUCGCCGUACCAGAAGUCUGGUUUAUUGCAGUCAGAUUUAUGACCACCCCAAUACCGCGAUACAAGGAAAAGUAGACCUACCUGUCCAGCAAAAAGAGCCAACAGAUUACAUCCAUUCAAUCUCGCCCUCGCAUUAGGAUCAAUCCCCGCCACUCUAUAUCCAUUCCCAAGCUGAUUCAAUUGCUGUCCUACAUCGUAAAAUGCAAUCGCAAUGCACACUGCGCUGACGUUGACUUUAGCAGCUGUGAGACCGAUAAUCAUGGAGAUCAAGCAGACCCAGAUCCCAACGAGUUGAGCCAGAUAAGGAUGGACCUGGUCGAUGAGGUAGCCCCAAAGAGGGGAGAGCAGAGCAGCGAUUAGGCCCAAGAGACCGAAAAGACCGAUUUGGAGUGUGGAGUAGUGGUACGGUGAGUCAGAGAGGAGGAAUGUAAGGGUUGUCCAGCUAUGGUCACAAACAACAUCAGCGAGUGCCCUCUCCAAACUGUCAAGAAAAUAAGACGUACAAGCCUGCGAAAACCGCCGAAGUCGUGUAGGCUUGGAAGCAAGCUUGCGCGAGAGUCGGAUAUUUUGUGUACAUUUUGGCCAUCGACCAGAGCUAGAUGCAAUGUCAGAC